UUACAGUUGAUCUACCACAGGCUCAGCAAACACUGCACAACAUCAAGCUUUUAGACUUCAAGUUUUGGUCCUUUAAUAUGGUUGAGUGGGUUGUGUAUGCACUUUACUUGAUCAACAACUGCCCCAAUUUGGAAAGGCUCCAAAUUACUUUCCUCAAAUCUAAUGUGUCUAACUCUAAGGCUGUCGUGAAGCGUGUUAUACAUCAGCUGCGAUCCCAAGGACUGCCACAUAGUGCACUGAAGCAGCUCAAAAGGGUGGAUAUAAAACUCAUGCUGUUUUCUGAACUUGCAAUGGAAUUUGUGAAGUAUGUAUUGUCAUCUGCAACUGUACUCGAAAUAAUAAGCAUUGUGACUUGUGCAAAGUUCAGUCAGCGGGGAAUGGAAAUAAUGGAGGAGGUAAAGCAAUUCCCUCAAUCAUCACCCAUUGUAGAAUUUAUAUACAAAGAAGUAGACCAUAUAUAUUUUGAUAUUCUAUAAAUUAGAAUUAAUGUAGUUGAGUACUGCAAUUUCUAGGUAGGCAGCUCAUGAACCUUUUAUUAACCUGUCUUAUUUCAGGUCAAUGCAAGUAAUGUUAUGUUCUUGUAUCUGAAUUCCCAGUCAAUGGAAUUCAAAUUGUUUUUCUUGCCAGUUUGAAUCAAGGCAU